UCGCAUCUCUAUUACAGAGUAUUGCUAUUAUUUUUUGACAAUGCGUGCGCGUUUUCGUCGAUUGUUGUUGUGUGUGCGCGCAAAUAGUUAAAUUAUUAGCUAAAGUGGAUAAACGCUCAGUGUAUGCAUUAUAUCUAUAUAGGCAACGCUAAUUGAAUUGAUAAGCAGCUAAUCAAGUGCACCGCCAUUGGCAGCUAGCCGCACUCUUAGCCAAAUAAACACAUACAAACACGAUACACACAUAUAUAGUAAUAUUUGGCUGCAGGUUGCAGCUGCAGCGAAAAUCCCUAACAAAAUCAACUCAUCAUUCAUAUAAUGAUAAAUCUGGACACAACGAAUAAAAAUCAAUCGUCAAUAAUGCAACCUUUGCACUAUUUUCAGGACGAGGUAUUGCGACCGGAUGUGAUAAACGAUGCCGAAUUCAAAUCGAUACCUUUUAUCGAUACCAACGAGCACGAUUCGAUUGACAAUGCGAACGGGACAGCGGCGCGCGCCUUUCUCUUUCUCGAUGCCGAUGAGAAUUUACAGAUAGCGACGCCCGAAUUGUUUUGCAAGAAACUGAAAUGCCAGGAACUGGACAAAAUCAAAGUGAUCUCAAUAUUUGGCAAUACGGGCGAUGGCAAAUCGCAUACGAUGAAUCAAGUAUUUUUCGACGGUGAGCCCGUCUUUCGUACAUCGCCCGAGCAGAGCUCCUGCACAAUUGGCGUCUAUGCGGCCAUGCAGCGGGAACAGGGUGUUCUCUGUCUGGACACCGAGGGACUUUUGGGCACCACGGCCAAAAGCAGUAAACGCAUGCGUAUGCUGCUCAAGAUACUCGCCAUUUCGGAUAUUGUCGUUUAUCGGACACGCUCGGAGCGCCUGCAUAGCGACAUGUACGAGUUUCUGGGCACCGCCUCGAAGGCGUUCUGCCUGCAUUUCACCCAGGCGCUGCAGGCCAUGGGCAAUGGCAGCACCCUGGGACCAGCUGUGAUCAUAUUCCAUGAGACCCACUACACGAAGCCCCUAGAAAGCUCCGUUGAGGAGAGCGCUGAGGAUAAGCUGCGCAACAGUUUCGCCCUGCUGAACUAUGAGACAAACGCGUUCAGCUCGCUGCGCUAUGUGGGCAUCCAGACGGACGCCAAGAAGUCAACGAAUUUCAAAAAGAUUAGCGACGCACUGCGCUUGGAAAUUGAGAAUACGGCGGUGCGUUCGCCGCGCCAGCCAUCGGUUGUGUUCAAGGCAAUGAAGCUGCUGAAUCAGAAGUUCGCCGGUGAGAUUAUCGAGAAGGCGAUCAAUCCAUUUCCCGAGCAGUAUUUCACCUGCGGCGCCCACUGUGAGUCCUGCAGUCGUCGCUGCCAGCGCUCCAUGGGCCACGUCAGCGACGGCGAAUCGCAUUUCAAUACGCAGCCGUGCAACUAUCAGCAUCAGUACGAGAAUAAGCUGUAUCUGUGCAAGGCGUGCUACAAUAAUGGCAAGGAGAUUGUCGUCAGCGUACGCGCCCAAUCCCAGACGGACACCGCCUGGUCCGGCCUGGCCAAAUAUGUGUGGAAGGGCGAUGUUAUCGAGUGUCCCUAUUGCGGUGAAAUCUAUCGGGCGCGUCAAUAUUGGUAUGGCAAUAAAUCGCCCGAGGCAUCCGUGGUCCACGUGCAGGUGGUGCAUGUGUGGAAGGGCGGCAAUGCCGCCUUGCGGGCCAAUGCCCAUUCCGCCCAAAUGGUGCUCGACAGCGUCAACAGCAUCAGCGAGGCCUUCACCAACAUCUCGGCGCCGUGGACGAAGGCCAUCAGCGGAAUGCUCGCCGAUAAGGUGGCGCCCAGCUACUGGCGUCCCAAUCAGGAGAUCAUUCUGUGCCACGCCUGCAAGCGCAACUUCGAGAAGACUGGCAUGCCCAAGCAUCAUUGUCGCGGCUGCGGCGAGGGCUUCUGUCACACGUGCAGCCAGCAUCGGGUUCCGGUGCCGGCUCGCGGCUGGCUGCAGCCGGUCCGCGUCUGCAACGAUUGCCAUCAGCAGCUGCAGCGCAAAUCGGACACGACGCCGGCGCACACUCAAGAUCAAGCUGAAUUUACUUAUUGCAAUUCAAAUCUGACUAUCGCAUGCACAGGCUCCAGGCCGACCAACGAUGAGGGCGACAUCCUGGUGCGCAAAUAUGGCGAAACGAUUUACAAUACGAUCAGCAGCGUUGCCGCCGUCGCCAUCGACUAUCCCAGGGAGAUGAUCAAGGACAGCGCUCGGCCGGCGUACUGGGUGCCCGAUGCCGAAUCGCCCAGCUGCUACAUCUGCAAGUCUGUCUUUGGCCGCGUCGAGGAGCUGGAGCUGGCCAAGCAGGCGGAUGGCCGCAGCAAGCACCAGCAUCUGGGCAAGCACUCAAAAUCGAAUGGUUCAGUUGGAGGAGCCGGAGCAGCUGCUGGAUCAGCUGCUGGAUCUAUAGCGUCAACCGCUGGCGAUUGCCGGCGCCAUCAUUGCCGGCGCUGCGGCCAGGCGGUCUGCAGCAGCUGCUCCAAGCGGCGCAUGCCGGUGCCGGAGCGCGGCUGGCAAACGGAUGUCCGGAUCUGCGAUGGCUGCGCCUGUGCAGUGCCGAGUGCCACGUCGAACCAAGGCGCCUCCAGCAUCUCCAGCGCCAUAUCGGACGCCAUCAACGGCGAUGCCGGCACACAGUCCAGCGAACGCAGGCGCAGCGAGAGCAGCAACAGCAACAACAACAUCUCCAGCGAUUAUCGCAAUGGCAAUGCAAUUGCCAGCGCCUGCAAUGCCAGCGACGAUGCCAAGGCCAAGACCGAAUGAGAUGCGGCGCGCCGGGCCAGCCCCGAUAGUUCCGAUUAUCCCAACAGCAAUAACAAAUCCAAUCCCAACAACAACAACAACAACACAGUCACAAUCUGGACCAAGUGCCCAGGCAGGCGUUAGGCCCACGCCCAUCCCGCCCAUGCCGCCCAUCCCGCCCACGUCCUGCUGCCUCAGGCUCAAGCUACAAGAAAUCGUACAAUGUGAUACUUCCUCUGAUACAUGUACCAUAUACUACACACACACACAUAUAUAUAUAUAUUAAAUAAUAUUGCCUAUAUAUAUAUAUAUAUAUGUAUAUAUAUAUAGUUAUCUUUUGUAUUCGAUCUGAACUUUGCAUACCUGUAAAUUGAUAUUUUGUUUUCCUUCUUUUGUUUUUUCACCUUUUUGUGCUGUUUUUUUUUUAAGUCAACUAGUGUAAUUGAUGGAAGAAGAUAUUUAAUAAAUUUUUAACCAAAUAUACUGAAGAGAGGGUAUAUAUAUUUGAUAACAGAAAUUACCCGGCGUCGGUCGGAAGUGUCUGAAAAAUUAAAAAAUCAAAAAAACAAAGGGUAUUGCCUCUACUCGGUGCUGCGAGCCCAAAAAAGAACAAUAAAGUUCUUAGACAACUUUACAUUUUGUUUUUCAAUUAAAUUUGAUUUGAACCAGCGACCUCUCGCUUGUCGGUUCAACCUUCAGACAAAAAGCAAGUAAACAACAAUAAAAUUCUUAGACAAUAAAGACAAAAUAAUUAAUUAUAAGAA